ACAGUAGAAUCCACACAUAGGGGAGAGAGAGAGAGAGAGCUGUAAUAAUGGCAAAAUGAACAAAGGCCUUUCACAAUCUCUUCUCCUCGCAAGAGGAACAUAAAAAGAAAGAAAAUAUUAUGGCUUUAGAAGAAGAGGAAGAGACCCAAAACGCACCGUUUUGUAUGCUUUUCUGCGAGGAAGAGAGUAGCAGCGUGUUCGAGGAAGACGAGAGGAACGUCGUAAAGUCUCCGUCUUUCCAUCUGGGUUUUCUCGACCACGACAUGUUAUCACGGGACGACGACGAGUUGCUAGCUCUGAUCUCGAAAGAGGAAGACUUUAAACCGUGUCUUUCAGACAAAACCUCCACGGACGAGUUUCUGUCUCUGUGUCGCGAAAACGCUCUCGGCUGGAUUUUCAGAGUGAAAAGUUACUACGGGUUUAGUUCGCUGACGGCUCUUCUCGCUGUUAGCUACUUCGAUAGGUUUGUCACAAGCAGGAAGUUUCAGACGGAUAAGCCGUGGAUGUCUCAGCUUACAGCUGUGGCUUGUUUGUCCUUAGCUGCUAAAGUCGAAGAGAUCCGUGUUCCGCUGCUCUUAGAUCUCCAAGUGGGAGAGGCGAGAUAUGUAUUUGAAGCUAAGACUAUACAGAGAAUGGAGCUUUUGAUUCUCUCUACUCUUCAAUGGAGGAUGCAUCCUGUCACUCCGAUCUCGUUUUUCGAUCAUAUCAUCCGUCGAUACAGCUCUAACUCUCACCAGCAUUUGGAGUUCUUGAGUAGAUGUGAAUCUCUCUUGCUCUCCAUUGUUUCAGAUCCGAGGUUUCUAAGUUAUACCCCUUCUGUGUUAGCCACCGCGAUAAUGGUCUCUGUUGUAAGAGAUUUCAAGGCGUGUGAUGAAGCUCAAUACGAGUCUCAGCUCAUGGCUCUACUCAAAGUCGAUCCGGAGAAAGUAAAUAAAUGCUAUGAGUUAGUAUUAGAUCACAACCCAAGCAAGAAGAGGAUGAUGGAAACCGCUAACGCAACCAGUGUGUUUGAUGCAUCAUCAUUCAGCUCUGAUGGAUCUAACGAGUCAUGGGUUGUGUCUUCAGAGCCUCUAUACAAGAGGAGAAGAGUGCAUGAGCAGCAGAUGAAGUUGUCUUCAGUGAACAGAAUGUUUCUGGAUGUGUUCACUAGUAGUAGUCCUCGCUAAUAAAUAUCAAGAAUGUGUGUUUUCUUCUGUUUUUACAUAUUAGCGGCUAUGGUAAGGCAGAAACAAUUAUGCGUUU